UUAUUCGUACCCAAUCUGUCUAUUCUGUGCGUUCUUUGACUAUUUUAGGUUGUGUUCAAAUGUCUUCUAAAACUAUUGUAGGAAAUUAAAUCUUGCCGAAUUUAUAGAUAUCUUAAAUUUGAAAACUUGUAAUUGAAUAGCGAAAAGGGUUAUAAAGAAAUGGUGUUUCUGUCGGCCGUGAAUUUUGUGCGAUCAAGAGGUCCAGACGAGUUUUGGCGUAAACGAAAAAUUUUGAAACUCUCUGCGCACUUUAUUGGAAGAAGGAGAAAUUGUUAUAGUAUUGCAAUUCGCUACGUCCACAGGGCUUUAGUUUAUGCUACCAAAGGCAGAAAAUUGAAAAAGUUUGACAUGAGAAAUCUGUGGGAAGCCAGGCUUACUGCAGCAUGUGCUCAACAUGAAAUAAGUUAUAGCACAUUCCGAGAAUCACUUCACAGAUCAGAUAUACUUUUGGAUCGCAAAACUCUAGCCGAUUUGGCUUGCUGGGAGCCAUAUACUUUUAAAGCUCUUGCUGAUAUUGCGAAGCGAAAGGCUGUAGAUGACGGUUUAGCUGGUGCUACAGAUACUCAGGAACUAGACGGAAUAAUAUUAAGAGGUACUUUAAGAAAGUAAAAGUGUCAAAUUAAUUUAUAUGGUAGUGUUUUAAUAAACAGCAUAAAUUAUUCUCUUUUUCUUAUUAUCCUGUUAUUGUAUAUUUUCUGAAUUUGUUUAAUUAUUUAAUUGUAGUUUUUUUAAGCUAACUUUAUAAAAUAAAAAAAAGUUCUGCUUUGCAAUUCUCAACCUAAGUUAAGUACUCCAUACUAAAAAUAUGAGUUUCUUUAUAUUAGGGUUGUAAAGGGGUAAAAGGGCACUCAUUGGGUCCUAUCUCAAAAAGUAAUUGUAAAAACUUGGGGUAAAAAAAGUUACGAUUAAAAAGAAAAGCUGGAAAUUAUUUUUAAAUUUCUCAAAUGCCUGCCAGGGGGCAUAAUUGCAUUCUUGAAUUUGAAAACCUGUUGUUUGAGAAAUAAUCUUAUAUUAAAGAUAACUAAAAUAAACACAAUUCUAAAGUUGGGAUAAAUUCGAUUCGCCUACAUAAAUUAGUUUUUGUUCUACCUGUUAAGGGAAAAGUGGUGGGGGGUCUCCGAAUCUUUUUAGAAAUAAUUGUCAUUAACAAUAGCCGAACGUAUUUUGUCAAACUUGCAGUCGUUGAAAAAGGUUCUUCAUUGCCUCACUACAAAUAAAAUUUAUCAAAAAAAUUAAAUGCAACGAUAUCUCGUUUAUUGCAACAAAAGACAGUCAAUUUCGAUACUUCUUUCCUAAACUACAUCAGUAAAAGAAAUACCAAAGUAAUGUCGCCAUAUUUAGGAAUAUUUUUAGCUUACCUACCAUUAUUAAAUAUUCUUAACUUAAAAACCCACGACUUUCCCUUAAGAGAUAGAUCAAAAAGCAUUUAACGAAAAAGAAUUGAAUUUAUUCCAGCAUUACGGUGUUCAUUUUAGUUAUGUAUAAUAUAUUUAUGAUAUAAACAUAUUUUUCGAGAUAGGGCCGAGUGCCCUUCCUUCUCGGACACCCGAUGCAUUGAAACGAUUUGAGAAGCUUGCAGCACGCCAAUUUGUUAUACGGGGUCUGCCGCACACCACUGAUUGCUCAUAAGAUGAUUGGUUGAUCCAAUUUGUUGCAUUGAUGUUAAUAACAAACUGUGUCCAGUUUUUUAUAUAGAGCUACUAUAUUGAAAUUGAGCAAAAAAAUUGAUUUGAAAGGUAAAAUAUAGCGGAAAAUUAUUUUCUCUUUCAAACUUCUAGCGAUAUUUUAACAAAAUUUGGUAGCCAAUGUUGCAUGAAUAGACUUAGUUUAGUUAUUAAGUGGCCAAGUGAUGCGCAAUAAGCUAUAAUUUUUUUAACAAAAAAAAAAGUUACAUUUAUGAAACUAAAAACGAGGUCUUGAUUAGGUUUAAGGGUCAUAAGGGCAAACUUUCAUAGGACAUUCAUAUUUGUUGUGAAGACAAUAUCAAGUUCCAAUCAACCGACUUCACCCUAUCCCUAGCAGUGCUCUAUCACUGUAAUGAAGCUUAAGCGUCAUGCUCAUAGUUGCUUAUAAUUUGUACAAAUAAACUUUACUGUGAUAAAUAUAUUUUUUGUAACAAUUAUUCACAAAAACAAAAAUUAUAGUCGUGCUGAGUGUAGAAAUAUAACAUUGACAUGACAUUGAUUGGAUGAGUUUUCUUCCAAAACUGAUCUAAAAAUAUCACACAAAGAUUGAUAUAUGUCAACUAACAAAUUCUCAUCAUAAUGUAAAGUACAGUACAUAUUUAUCUGCUACUUUUAGACUACAUAUGCCGAGACAUGUGUUAUUAUUUAAAUUGUGGACCCUUUUCUUGAAUCAAAAGCUUUUUGCACAAUAUUAACUUAAAUCUCUUACAAUACUAAGAUUUUAAAGCUAGAGACAAUUCUGACUAUUUUUAGAGCUCCAUAAGCCUUCCUUAGUCUUUUUCACUGAUUAGUUAUUGUUAUGCUUGUUACCGCAAUAUUGAACUUUGGAAUAGCAUUCCAAAAUUGACUAAAAUUGAAGUCCUAUUCCAAAUUUAAAAAUUAAAGUAAGAAACAUAUUUUUUACCGGUACCGCAAUUUGCAUAAAAAGAGAAUCAAAUCAAAAUAGAAGCUCCAAAAAUAAUUUUAAAGAAUAUAUCAAACGCAUGGAAAGAUAUUU